AUGAGUUACAGCUGGCUUUGUGAAAGUUUUCACACCAAGCACAGAAAAUGUAACAAUCCUUCCCCAGUCAAUACUGAAGAGGGAUGUGAAGGGCCUAGUUUUGAUGUUGAACUGUGUAAAGAUGACAAAGUCUGCAAAAAAACCAAACGAAUAAAACCAGCUGACUAUGCCAGAAAGAAAUGCGAGGAAUUCAGUAAAACUUUGUCUAUACUCGAUCCACUAGGUUCUGGACUUCAAGCUCCGCAUGAAGAGGGUCGGCUGUGGGUGGCGUGUGCAAUAUUUUGCCGCCGGAAAGACAACGGCUCAUAUUAUUCCCCGAGAUUAGACCUAAACGACCUUGGAAGUGAUCCUUACUUUCCUGAUGGUACUUGGUGUCACCACAACGGAAAACACAACUACUACUGCAUGAACCACCAUUGUCGACCCGAGCAUUUCCAAGGUGCUAAGAGUGCUUUAGACUUGCCAGAGGAUCUUGAGCUUCCACAGAAUGCUUUACCCAAAGCUUUGCCGCUGCCUGAUCUCAUACUCCGAUACCUCAGCUUGGGCUCGGACGGAAAACCACUCCUGACUACAAUCAAACCAGAGGAGGCCUCGGAAAGAGUUUUAGAAGAUGGUUGGGCCAGUAAGGAUUACUUGGAUAUUCCUCAGCCCAUGUAAAUGAUGUCUUAAUUUUAUACUAUUGAACUAUUUUGUACUUUUUUAUUUAUA